CGUGAAGUUAGGGACAUUUUUUUGGGUAUCCCAUCAUCAACGACGGUCAACGGCAAAGUCGCAAACAUGAGGCCCAACGCUCCUACGGCGCUUCUCAGCGCUUUCCAAGGCCUCAGGAUAUCUGUGACGCCAUCCUUCAGACCGCUGGUUGCUGCGAUCCGACCCCAAUUGACGAAGCCGCUGGUUGCAUCUCAGAGCCUCGGCGAUGUUCGCCCAUUCUCCUCGACGCCUGCGAGGCAAGGCAACUGGCUCGAACCCUCGAUCGAUCGAACGAAGAAGAUGAUGAAAGGACGGCCCCGUGUGGCUACUGGAGGUUCAACCAAGGGCACAACCGUUAUCUGGGGUGACUAUGGUCUUCGAAUGAAGGACCAUCACCGCAGAAUCAGCGCCAAGCAGCUCAAGAACGCGGAGGACACGAUUAAGAUGAGAUUGCGUGGUCAGAAAUACCGACUGUACAAGAGAGUAUGCUGCAACGUUGGUGUUUACGUGUCGGGUAACGAGAUGCGUAUGGGUAAGGGAAAGGGUUCUUUCGACCAUUGGGCAGCACGUGUGGCUGUCAAUCAGAUUGUUUUCGAGAUCAGGGGAAUGCUUCACGAGGCAGUUGCGAAGGAUGCUUUUCGUCUGGCAGGCAACAAGUUACCCGGCCAGUGGGAGUUCGUGCACAAGGGAGAACCUCCUGUCGUUGGUAUUACCAAGCUUGACGGCAUUACGCUGGAGGAUUUGAAGAGGCCAAGAAAGCCGGUUGCGCCCAAGGAUUUGCUGGCUGAGGCUGCAAGCAAGCCAACGAGCGCUUCAUCUACCACCUCGCCGUCUGCCAAGCCGUAAAGCUGAUGACAGCUGGGCUGUAACAUAUACCACUUUCCUUGACGAGAUAGCAAAUAGCAAACUCAGCACAGCGGGGUGGCUGUACUAUAGAUGACCACGUUAGAUGAUCGUGGUGGGUGUACAAAAACACGAAAAAAGAAUUCAUCUGCUCCGAAACAUCUGUCGAAGAAAGC